GGAAUUUGGGUUUGCCUCUUUCCAAAAUACUUACGUGCUAUACUCAUUCUUUAAAAAUCGGAUAGUUUCCUAAACAGGGAUCAUAAUUGGUAGUGCAGGAAUUCUGUUACUGAAAAAUAAAUACUGCGUGUCACAGUACUGAUGUUUCCUUUAUCUACUAAUCUCUCCUCAGGUGUGUAUUGUCAUGUCAGUUGGUUUAUCCAGUCCUUCCUUUCUUUUCCAUUAAAUCAUUUCCUACUAAAAUUUCAUGCUACAUUCUUCCUGAUUCCAUACAGAUUAGCCAAUCGAAAUCCAAGUCCUUUCCACCUCAGCUGAUUUUGUUCAUUGUCUACUGUCAGUAUCGAAUCAUUACUAAAAAUUAAGACUUACCUCAUAACCAGCUUAACCCUUUGUUUAGCUCCAAUCUUAUGGAGCGUUCCUUAUUCCUGAGUAUAUGGGAGUUACUGCAAUUUAAUUCCGUUACUAUAUUCAACCAGCAUUUUGACAACUCAACAGCAAAGGAAAAUUGUUUUACUCUUUCCUUCCUCUCUGACUUCCCUACAUUAACAAGGUUGCUUUUUUAAAAGCCCUGAUCCUGAAAUUGAACACUGUUUUAUUUUAAAGCCGCAUAGAUGUAAGUGCUUCAUCUUUGGACAAAUUAUAAUGUGUGCAUAAACAAGAUGUAGUAUACAAAAAUAAUUACUAUUAUGGGUAAAUAUUAGUAGCAUUGCCUGUGAUAUUUAUUAAAGCCUUGUCUGUGAUCCAAAGAAAAUAAGAGGAAGGGUAUCAAUUAUGUGAGCUGUCAUUGUUUGCUACAUACAUCUUUGCAAUAAAUUCAUAGCCGAGAAGCUCAAUAGCCUUAUGUAUACCUAAAUAUAUUUGUUCAUGUGCUGUCGCCUGCUUGUGACUCUACCACUUAGUAACUUUGUUAAUGUUUAGAGUUGGAUAGUCCAGCACAUUACUGACUUACAGUCCUAUUUAACAUUUAUUUUUAAUUCUUGGUGAAGCAGUUAUGUAAAAAUGUAGUCAUGCAUUUCUUUUUUAUUGUUUGAUGUCUUAUAUACAUUUUAUCUGAGGGCCCUAGGAUAUUGCAAAAGGUAGUUACAGCACAGUAACUCAAAUGGUUCUAGAUCUAGAUGUUGACUGAAGUGAGUUUAGUGUGAGAGACACACAUUUAAUUUGAAUAACUUCACUGCCCAGAAGUAUCAAACUCAGGUGGUGUUUCUCUUUUUUUUUAAUUUAUGUGUUAGAGUAUGUAGAGUAUUGGUGAAAUCUGAGAAAUUAAUGUUAAGUGCUUGUAUCUACUGGAGGAGUAGUUAAGAUUUUGUUUAAAAUAUGUUUUAUAUUACUUCAUGCAUAAUCUGCUGGGUUGGCCAUGCUGGAGAUUUAACACCUUUUUAUCUGCAGAACAGGUAUUGCAGGCUUUGCCUCUCUAAGAGGUCUCAACCAUUAUCUGAAAAGACAGCAUUUAGGAGUGUGACUCAUAAACAGGGACAACUUCUUUGAGCCUACAGAGCUGACAUGUCCUGGGAGCAGUUCCUGUACAUUCAUGGUUUCUGCUUCAUCAUUUUGAAGCAAACCAAGCAGGUUCCAGUUUGUGUUGAAGUACUAGGCUGGAGUUACCCGUACAGGCAGGGGGUAAUGGGCCUGCUUGAGGGCAGUAAAAUCAAGAAGCAUCUCUCUUCAUGAGCCCAGGUCCAUAGUCUUCUGUGUACAUACUGGUUUAGAAUGAGUUAAAGUCAUUGUAUUUUGAAUCAUCCACUACUACUCCUGUCAAGUCUACCAGUGGAAGUCACAGAAGCCAAUCAUGAUACCAGUUUUGUCUCAUGGAUAAUUACCUGUGAGAGAUACUUUGUAAGGGUGAGAUAUAACAGAAUGUAACAGUGCAUAUUUAAAGCACAGUGGUUCAACUGUAUGUUGUUUUUGUGCAUGCCAAAUUAUCCUUACAGAAGAAAUAUUUUUGUGAGGGAAAUAAAGGAGAGUGCUGCUCGGUCACGCUGGAGGGCAACUUGAAGGAGUUUCCUUCCUUUUGAAGGAAGGUUUGCAAUUUCAAGACUUUUUACAUCUUCCCCCAGCAAUACCUUUGGAAGUUUUUGUUUCUAGGGAGUUUCCAUUCUGUCGUAAGGUUUCAUAGAUAUUCUGCAGAUCAGGUAUGCACAAAGCAUGCACUGUAGGCUAUUCUGGACAAAAUUUCUAAUGCAUGGUUGACUGUGUUGGGGAGAGCUGGACCUGACAGUCCAUCAGCAGCUGGAUAGUCCCUUCCACUCUUCUGUUCCUAAGCGCGUUUGUGAUGCAGAUAGUUGUCCAGUGACCUGGAAUGAGUCAGCCUAUUCAUUUCUGACAAACAGCCUUCAGAUAGUAAUGUCUUUUCAUUACUAAAAUGAGCAAAAUCAUGGCAGAGAUAUGAAAGGCUUGCAUCCCUUCACCAAUUCCCUUCAACCAUUUGAUUCUGUAUGCAUAAAAGCAUUGUAAUUUGUGUGUAUGUGCAUGGAUACAUGCAGGCAUGUGCGUGAGAACUCACAGAAAGCAUGUAAGAGUUGUAUCAGAAGAAAAGGAGCCAUCUUCCUAAGUAGAGUACUACUGAUCAUUGAUCAUAAACGGUAGCUUCUUAAAUAUAGAGAGCAUGAUGGAGGAAUGGGAGUUUCUGCACCCCUCAACAUGCACAAAUAGGCUUUUUGUUUGAUUAUUGUACUUCACAGGUUCCUUUCAAACAUAUAUUUGCAAAAUUAAUUUUAACAUGUUGCCUGUAUUUGAAAGCCAAGAUGAAAGGAAAAGAAAUAAACUUUGUUUGUUAGAAACAAAACUCAGUAAUUUCCUUUUUUUUGCCUAAAUUGUGCAAAUAAAUGUUUUUAUUUCUACAAGUUAUUUUUUUCAGAGUUACUUUUAAAGGAAAUUAAAAGAUCCUUCAGGUAUGUUUAACACUGGUGUUAUUCUCAAAGUCAGAUUACACAGCUGUGCUUGCCUGCUAUCUUUGAGGCUGGUGGGAAAAUACAGAAAUUAUUAGUGAUACCAGUGGACCUCUUUCCUACAGAUGUUAAUCACCUGCUUUAACAUUGGGAAUAAUUAUUGUCUCAUAAAUUACAGAUAAUACCUUUGACUACUACUAUGUUUCUACCUCCAUUACAAUAUGAUCCGUUUUUUUAAUAUCUAUUCUGGAUAAGAGCAUUUGUGAAGACUAAAAAAAAAAAAAUUGGUCUAAAGUAUUUUCAUAUGAAAAACGAUCCAGGCCCUUCAUAAGAAUCCAUGCACAUGCAAUAGUCAUAACAUCAGAAAAGGAUUAACCAUGUAGAAGAUUAGGUUAAUAAAGGAAUAAUUAGGAUUAGGGGCCAAUCCUGCAAUAGGAUCCAUACAUAUAAACUUUCCACUUUUUUUUUUUUUUUUUCUGUUGUAUAUUACUUAACAGUAACUCAAAGUACAACAGUUCUGUCAGUUCUUCUGGGUUAGUUUUACUCUCCUCCCACUCUCAUAUCCCAGUUGAAUAUCUGCAGACAUUAAGCCUCAGAUUGUCACUCUUCUAGGAUGGAAUUAGGCAAUUUGCUGGUUUCUGAAAACAGGACUUAGGCUCCUAGGUACCGUUUAUGACUAAAUUACUACAGUAGCUUGGAAACAACUUGUUCAAAACAGGACUAUUAAUUCAUGCUUCAGCAGUACCAAACACAAAGAUGACACAUAAAACUAAGAAAAGCUGUCUAUGUUGCUGUCAUUAUCUGUUUCGCUUAGACAGACAUGUUUUGGAGUUGGUAGGAACAAUGCAUAGCUUUUGGUCUCCUGUUUCUGAGCUGGCAAUUUUUUUAAUUGAAACAAUGGGCAGCAUUUCUUAGAUUGUUCCUCUUUAAUCCACGACCCUUCUUUAAGUGGCUUUAAAGCUUCAGGUUUGUUUAGCUGGUGAGGCUGGCCUGCACUGGACUGCCUCAUCUGAGCUGGAAGUAGUCAUUCGUUCUUAUCCUUACUUUUUGUAUCAGAAAAUUAGUAAGUCCUUUCACUGUUUAACCUUUCGUUAUGCCUCAGAAUAUUUAGAUACCUCCUCUUAUUGCAACUCUGACUUCAAGCAGCAAUACAGAAUAGAAUGGCUGGGGGGGUGGGGGGUGGGAAGGAGCCACCUAUUAAACACAGAAAACAUUUUAUUUAGCCAAAAAUGGUAGCCUAAGCUGUCAUUUGACAUCCCAUCAUACAUCCCUAGUCCAGCUCAAGAUGUGUGCUGAUACUGCUGAUAACCAAAUAUUUAGGAGGUAUGAUUCUGUGUUAAAGAAAUGGUCGUGUGUUGUGGCCUAUGUGUUCACCUUUGUCCUCUCUCCCUUCAAUCUGAUGUCAGGAUGGUAUAAAUGAAACUUAAAUACAAGCCAAGGAAAAAAAAAAAAAAGCACUCAUAGGCCAAUUUUGCUCUUAUGAGCUGUGUUAAUCUUACGUUUUGGUAUUGGGUGAGCUUCUGACAAUGUUCUCAAACCAGUGAACAUGCAGGAAGAAAAUGGUGAGUAGAUUUAUAGUUUUGAAUAAGUAAUUGUUUAUUCCUCCAAUUUCACAAAUCUUAUAAAGAAAUUAAAUUGCCUGAUCAUGUGAAAGCUAUUAUUUGUUAGAUACUUUGGGAUUAUUUGUGAGGGGAAAAAAAUGGGAGUUUUACUCAUGGGAUGCAUACAAAAGAGUAGAGGUUUUUUUCCUAUAUUCUAUGUUUUGGCAAUAAACUCAGUCUUAAAUAUAUGUAGAUGUGGGCUGGCUAGCUUUUGAGAAGACUUUUAUAACUCCUGUGUAUAUGACCCUUUUUUUCUCCUACCAGAAAUACUCUCCUUGUGUACUGUACCCCAUAUUCAAAUCUGCUGCUGAGAUCAACAAACAAGACAUGAUAAAAUUUUUUCUUAUGGUAAACAAACAAGGUCAAACAAGGCUCUCUAGGUAUUAUGAGCAUGUCGAAAUUAAUAAACGGGCAACGCUGGAAGCUGAAGUAGUAAAAAACUGUCUCUCCCGUUCAAAGGAUCAGUGCUCUUUCAUUGAGUAUAAGGACUUUAAGCUGGUGUACCGACAGUAUGCAGCCCUCUUCGUAGUCGUUGGAAUCAAUGAGACAGAGAAUGAGAUGGCAGUAUAUGAACUAAUUCAUAACUUUGUGGAAGUUUUGGACAAAUACUUCAGUAGAGUGCUCCCAUUACUGGCAGUGGAGACCAAGGAGUAUCUCGAGAAAGUGAGUCAUGCCUCCAGUGUGCCAAGUCAACUGUUGAAGAUACCCAUCUCUUCUGAUGACUGCAGAGAGACCACAAGGGCUUCUCGCUCUGACAUUUUGCUUAAAUGAGUAAAAUUCUCUGGGGUAAAUCCAGGCCAAGACUAGGAGGGAAAUUAUAACUAUGUGAAGAACUGUGUUGCUGGGGCUGGAGCUAUAGAAUUGCUGAGGGUCCAAACUUUGGAGUUGCCUUCCCUCUCCUGAUAUAUCCAGCCUUGUCUACCACAGCCAUAGGUGUAUACAAUGUCUAAGUUUUGCUGUUGAAAUUAUGUGCAGCAACAUUUUUAACUGUUUAACUAAUAUAAAUUGUAAGCUUGGCAUUAAGUUCCUGUUUUUGCAGAAGGUGGAAGAGAGAAUAUUCAGCUAGAGUUGCCAUGAUUAGAGACACUGGUUUUCCACCCACUCAUUCAGAUGGCACCUUGUAUAUUCAAAUUGUUAGUUGUGGGUGACCUCACUGGGUGUUUUCUAAGUAAAAAAAAAUCGGAACAUUAGCUUUUAUUAUGCAGGCAGGUAAGACAUCAAAGGCAAAGGAGUGUUGCAGGGAAGAGCAGGUGAUGGCACAGUCCAAAACAGAAAUCUAAAUUGCCUUAAAAUUCUGUAUCUAUAU